AGUCGAGCAGCUUUGGUCGUCGCUUCAGCGUCUGUGCGGUGUAAGGCGCUUUAGGCAUUGCUUUCCGUAUCUUCCAAGCCCAAGAUAUACACGGGGUGGUCCAAAUAGGAGCUGCCAAUUGCUGAGCUUAGGUUGCGAGCUAUUUCGUGCACGUUCUAAGCCGGCGCCAGUCGAUCACGUGACCCGCACCGUUCAUAAAAACCAGUGGGAGACAAGGCUCGACCUCUUUUCCCAAACUAAAACGUUUUGGUGAAGAGUCGUUACUGCUUCGGUUCGAUCCAUUCGGUGCUUCGAAAACGACCUCGUGCUAAACUCUGCAAGCCGCCGAGCCGCACAAGACGCGACAACAAAACAAACAGGAAAAAUGCCGGACACCCUAACCAAUGGAUACACAAACGGGCACGUGCAGCCCUACGACAUGGAAGACGGAUCUGUGUUUCUUUUCACGUCCGAAUCUGUCGGAGAAGGCCAUCCAGACAAAAUGUGCGACCAAAUAAGCGACGCAGUUCUGGACGCACACCUCAAGCAAGAUCCCAACGCAAAAGUCGCCUGCGAAACGGUGACCAAAACCGGAAUGAUCUUGCUGUGCGGAGAAAUAACAUCGAAAGCAGUGAUCGACUACCAGAAAGUUGUAAGGGAAACCGUGAAACAUAUAGGCUACGACGAUUCAUCCAAAGGGUUCGAUCACAAGACAUGUUGCGUAAUGCUGGUCUUAGACCAACAGUCCCCCAAUAUAGCAGCCGGCGUGCACGAACAUCGUAACGAGGAUGAAAUUGGGGCUGGAGACCAGGGCUUGAUGUUUGGCUACGCGACGGAUGAAACCGAAGAAUGUAUGCCGCUCACGGUGGUGCUGGCCCACAAAUUGAACCAGAGGAUUGCCGACCUGAGACGAUCCGAGGAAUUCUGGUGGGCGAGGCCCGACACCAAAACGCAGGUUACCUGCGAAUACACCUUUAGCCAAGGGGCUUGCAUCCCGCAACGGGUACACACGAUCGUCGUGUCCGUUCAGCACAGCGAAAAGAUUACCUUGGACGAGCUCAGGGCCGAAAUCAAACACAAGGUUAUUAACGAGGUGAUCCCCGAGAAGUACUUGGACGAAAGGACCGUCAUCCACAUCAACCCCUGCGGAGUGUUUAUUAUCGGUGGACCUCAGAGUGACGCCGGUUUGACGGGACGCAAAAUCAUAGUAGACACGUACGGAGGUUGGGGGGCCCACGGCGGGGGUGCAUUUUCGGGAAAGGAUUUCACAAAAGUCGACAGGUCGGCGGCCUACGCAGCGCGUUGGGUGGCCAAAUCGCUGGUGAAGGCGGGGCUGUGCAAACGCUGCCUGGUGCAAGUCGCGUAUGCCAUCGGUCUCGCCGAACCAUUGUCCAUCGCAGUAUUCGACUAUGGUACUUCGCAUCUGAACCAAAUGCAGUUGCUCGAAAUAGUGCAGAACAACUUCGAUCUGAGGCCCGGCAGGAUUGUCAAGGAGCUGAACCUGCGUCAACCUAUUUACCAAAAAACGAGCACAUACGGGCACUUUGGCAGGGACGGCUUCAGCUGGGAAGAGCCCAAGCCGCUGGUGCUGGGUCCGUACACGAAGAAGUGAUCGUAGUCCGAAGCAGUUUAUUUUCCCCCCAUCCGUUUCUCCCCUCAUUAGUGUUCUUUUUUACGCUCUCAGUUGUUUUUUUGUUUUAUUUAAUUUAAUUUAAGAACGUUUGGAGAACAGAGACGACGCAGUCUGGCGUGAAAAAACUACAUCUGGGAGUUUAUUUUUUUCUGUGAUGACCCCGAAAGAGUCCGGACUCAUGGCGAAAACGGGAAUUUUUCCUCGGAAACACCACAGCUACGCGCGGCCAGCGCGAUCGUCUUCCCGCACAAAGUUUUCCUUCCCGUGAAAAUUUGCACAUCUGACCGCGAGGACUCAUUUAAUAAAAUGCCGGCGCAUUAUCGACUCGCGUCGAGGUUAAGAAUGCGCACGCUCUGGAUCGCGCCGCGAUCGUAGUUGUAACCGACCGGACCGAGAACCGUUUUUCUUUGCCGGAAAAUCAGGAAAGAAAAACAAUUCGACGUCGGGGUUAUGUUGUGCGUAUGACCGGAACACAAACAAACACGGGAAAAGAGCGGUGUCGUACCCACACCGGGCGUUCUUGGGACGAAAGGGUUAGUUUUCGCCAUGCGACGUUGCCGGAUUUACGUCAGCGCCGUUGCCGCGUAUUAAAAAUUUACGUACGAGCCGGUGUUCAUUUUAAGCAAAAAAAAAUAAUCGAUUUUUAUGGUUUGGGUGUUUGAAUCUAUGGAUAAGUCGGUGGGUUCCCAAUUUCUCACAGUGACGUUCGGAACGCUCCACGUUGUAGUUCUAGCGUAUUUUAUGGAGUUAUCAAGUGUAGGGUUUACCAAAAAAAAUGUCGAAACCGGAUCUUUGUUGAAAUUGAAAUUUUAUCCCGAAAAGAACCCUUUGUACAUUGUGAAUAUUUUUUUUAUGUGAUUCGAGACAAAAUUGUAGUCGUCUUACCAAUAAAGAUAUACAAUAAAAA